UUUUUGUAACCUUAAAAUUGAACACCUCAUGACAGCCAUCAGCUGCAAAGACCUGAUUUACCAUGGACCACGAGGCCGCGAUCAACCGUCUCCAGGACUUGCAGGGCCGUUUCCUGUCGGAUCCGGAAAGGGGCGAGCUUCGCAGCUACGACGUUGCGGAGAUUCUGGACAUUGUUCGCCGAGAGAGUCGUCUGGAGCGGAUUGUCGAAAUGCCCAAGAGUGACGGGGCUGCGGUUCGAUUCCGCAAGCGAGGAAACCAGUUCUACCUGGAAAGGGACUUUGACCAAGCGCUGGUGUUUUACAACCAGAGCAUUAGCCACGCGGAAGUCGGCUCGGAACAGCUGGGCAUCGGCUAUGGGAAUCGGUCGGCCGUUUUGUUCGAGCAGCGCGACUACGAGUUGGCCCUGUACAGCAUCGACCUGGCCAAGAAGCACAACUAUCCGGAGAGAUUGAUGCCAAAGUUGCUGGCCAGAGAGGUCAACUGCAAGCAGCGGAUCGCCGACGGUUAUUCCAAGGGAACUGUUCCGAAGCAUCGGAUGGGCAUCAAUGUGGACACUAAUCCGAGGAUUCCAUUUCUGGCCAAAGGGAUUGGGAUGAGUUACGAUGCCAAGUUUGGCCGAGGAUUGGUCGCCGAGAAGGACUUCAACCCUGGAGACGUGAUUUGCGAUGAACCAAUCGAGUUGUGCGCGCUUGAGCCGAAUUUGUUGCUCAGUAGCUGCAACCAGUGCAGCGCUGAGUUGGUCGAAAUGCUGAUCCCGUGUCUCACCUGUCCGAUGGUUAUGUUUUGCAGCGAAAAGUGUCGCGAGAUGAAUUGGAAGCUGUACCAUCGAUUUGAGUGUGCCGUAGCCUCGAAGCACUUUAUUUCUUCGUUCGUCACUGUUGCAACACAUCCGAGGUUGUUUUUCUAUGGCUUGUCUCAAUUUGGGGACGAUCUGCAAGCCAUGAUGGACUACUGUGAAGCGGAAGUGUCUCCCAAACUUAAUCCGCUUGAAAUCGAUUUCGUCAAUCUCAACCGACUGGAAGUGUUCAAGGCCUUCCACAGCUUCAAGCCGGCUUCAACUCAAGAGAUGAACAAUGAACAGAAGUUUGUAGCCUGCGUUCAUUACCUGACAUACCUACAGCAUCCCUUGGUCAGAUCAAUCAUCUCCACCGACGUUCAACGCCGGUUCUUUCUCCGUUCAAUUCAGGACUACAUUAACGUAAGCACCUCCGCAGCAAAGUCUGUAAACGAUCUUAAAGGUCACAACACAACUCUGAUUACACCCAUCAUCAGCCUCUGCAAUCAUUCGUGUGACCCAAAUGCGACCGCGAUUGUCCACCGCGGCCGAACGAAGCUAGUCCUGCUGCAACCCGUCAGCCAAGGGGAACAAAUCUUCAGCUCCUUCGCGCCACCAUGGUGGGAUUCUGACCAGAAGGAAGAUCAGGUCAUUUUGAACUUCAAGUGCCAGUGCGUGGUUUGCGAUCGCGAAUCGGACGCAGGUCGGCAGUGGCGUUCGAUGUUGAAACGGCCAUUUCCGAAACACGCCAUCAAGAAUAUGGACACCUUGAUGGCGGUGGAGAACCACGUGGACACGCACGUUGCCGCCAGGUUGAACGCGUUCCAGCAAUUCUUCAAACGAUUCGCCGUUUUGCAUCCCCACGCGGCGCUCGGACCGUGCUUGGAGCGUUACUGUCUGCUGCUGAACAAUUGUUCCUACACCGAAGAUGAGGCUCUGCUGCGGGCCAGAUUGCAGGCUGAUUUUUGUUGAGCAGUGAAUUUGAAUGAAAUGUGGCGAAUUUUGUGAGGAAUUUAAUUGAAUUAUACUUUAAACGCUUUAAACACAA